GAGCCUACAGUGCGCAGACUCCAGAUUAACGCAACUAAAGCCUCAAACUAUCCCGGAAAUUCGCCAGCGAGAAUGGUGAUUCCUGCGUGAUUAUUUAAACUGGAACGAAUAGAACACAACAGAUAGUCUACCGAGUCCUCGAAAUAAUAUUUUAAAGGCAUUGCUACUUCUCGGUUUCUAAGAUUGUCUUCUAAUGUAAGGACGGUGAAUUUCACCGACGAACGUCUCGAUGAGGUUGCCUUGGAAGAAUUAGCCAAGUCCCACGUGACGAAAUAAGAUCAACAACGCUGGCUUCCAUAGGGACCUAAUUGACGACUAAGGGAUAAGCCAUUAUCCGUGGUCUUCUAGCCUAUAGAGCUACUGGCCUGGCUGCCACUGUUUCUAAAAGAAAACAAUAAUGAGAUUAGCAGGGCCACUGCGAGCUGUCGCUGUGUUGUUGUUGGUGGGCUUCACCUGGGUACUAGCCACUGCCAUCCUGGGAGGUGACAGUAGCUCAGUUGUGAAACACUUCUUCAGUGUGACCAAUGAGGAGCCAACAGCUGAGCCCAAACCACGCAGAUACAAGUGUGGCCUAUCGGCUCCCUGUCCACAGAAACAUCUGGCCUUCCGCCUCGUCUCUGGGGCCGCCAAUGUCAUCGGGCCCAAAAUCUGCCUGGAAGAUAAGAUCCUCGUGAGCAGUGUGAAGAACAACGUUGGUCGAGGACUGAACAUUGCUUUAGUGAAUGGGGUGACUGGAGAGCUCAUUGAGACCAAAUCUUUUGAUAUGUGGGCGGGAGAUGUAACUGACCUGUUGAAGUACCUCAGGCCUUUGCACGAGGGCACGCUGGUGUUUGUAGCCUCCUUUGAUGAUCCUGCAACAAAGUUAAACGAUGAGGCUCGUCGUCUCUUUGAGGAGCUGGGUAGCUCAGUCGUGAAGGAGCUCACCUUCAGAGACAGCUGGGUGUUUGUAGGAGCCAAGGGGAUCGAGAACAAGAGUCCAUUCGAGCAGCGCAUGAAGAACAGUAAAAACAGUAACAAGUACGAAGGCUGGCCUGAAUCUCUGGAAAUGGAUGGGUGUAUCCCCCUACGUGCCCCCUUAGAGAGUUAAACCCCCCCCCGCUCUUCUCCUAAGGUGUUUACACUCCAUUGUCUUUCAUUAACGGCAGUGUAACAGUGAAGGAAAUGGGAAUCGCUUCCAGACAAUGCUUAGGCCCUACACUGUUUCAAUGCUCCAGUCCACGCUUUUUGGGAGGAGGCUGAAGAAUUUGAACGUAGUCCAAAGAUUUCGAGGGACAAGCGCCUUUGGUGACCUCCUUGGUUCUGAGAAUUAGCAGUAGCAAAUCUAUUUCAAGAGACUGUAGAAGCAAUGUAGACUAGGAUUUGACUAGCCUCUAUUUUUCACUCCAGACUAUCCUGUCAUUCUGAUUUAAUGAGACCCGGGACGGAGUAGGACCAGACAUCUGACCAGGCAUUUCUGCCACAUUGACAGCCUCGUAUCGGCCAGGUUCUUUUUUCAAAAAAAAUAAUUAUCCCGGGAACCAGUUAUUAGCCCGAUUUAUUGUAAUUCUGAGCAGAAAGAACAUUGACAGCCCUGAAGACUCACCGGCCCAUCUGGCAUUUGCUAGAAUUGCCCUAUGACCUUACUCUCUCUGAUAAGACUUGGGAGUUGAUGUUGGUAAUGUAAGGCUACACCAAGUUAUAGGAUGCUCUGGUACAACGCAAUGGAACUACAGGGUGGCUCCUACAAUACUUGUUUCCUUCAUAGUUUGGUGUUGGUCAAGUAACGUGCUAUGAAGGACAUCUGGAGUGGACGGAACCUUGCUGAUGCGAUCCUGGAGUUCGACAGGCUAGCUGACAUGAUGGUUGAUAAUCAAGCUGCUUGCUCAAACAACAGUUUGGGCUUGACGUUAGAACUUGUUUCAUUGUACGAGGAUGUUGCUGGAAAGAAAUGUUAGGAAAGGGAUGUUUCGGAGAACAAAAUGCACAGAAGGGGGGGUAUAAGGUCAUGGUUUAUGAAAACACUAGUAAUUAAAGCAUAAUAUAAUCUGAUCCUACACUCUAGAGCUGGGACUGUCAUUUCAGUUUAUCGACACUAGCCACUGACAUUUCACUGAUAUUGUUCAUUAUGACGGAAAUAUGAAUUCUGGGGGGGGGGGGGGGGGGGGGGAGUGCAUCCAAAGCAGUGGUACUUUUAAGGGUGAGAAGUUACUAGUGCACACAUUAUGAAUGAGUUGUUCACCAAGGGUUUUUGCCUGUGUCCUGCCAGCUCUGUUGGCUAUCCUAUGAAGUGUCUUGUAUUUUGUGCUAAUUUAAGAUAUAUCUUUUUUAAGCUCUGGAACCAGGCUAACAUGCUAUUAAUAAUAAUGCCGCAAUUAUUGUUUGACUGAGGUUUACAGAAUGUAUUUUGUGCAGAAUUAAAAGUGCCCAGAAUAAUUUUAAAGGAGUCCAGAAUACUAAACAUGCUUAACUUCACACCACAUAGGCUGUAUUCAUAAUUUGCAGAGAUCUUUUGAAUAUUUUAUAUAACAACAAUAUUGUUAAUGUCUUUAACCCUUUGUCUCAGGCAAUGUAUCAUGACUAUGUUUGUUUGAAUAUUUUAAACGUUAUUUGUUUUCUAAGAUUGACAGUGAGAAAAGGUUUGGUUUUCAUGACAUUUUUCCUUUCAUCAUAAUGAGUGAAAAUGUGCAAUCUGUGUUGCAUUUCAAAACGAGAAUGGCUGUUUUGGUUGUGGUUCCUAACAGAACAAUGUGCUGUGGAACAAACUGCCACCCUGGAGGAUGGCCUAUUGGUCAAGAGCCUUGUGCCUGUUAAUGAGGAUCGAAGGCCAAUAGUUCUAAUGCCCAAGUCAAAGAACCCUGACGAUCAGUCCCUGAGCAAGCUGGUUAACCCCAAUGCCCCCCAUGUCAUUGCUGUAGAUAAAAUGUGGUGUUUGCAUACUUGUUUUGUAAAAUAUUAAAAUGCCUAAAUAUUUCUA